UUGUGGGUGAAAGGAGGAGGAAAGAGCGAAGAAAAAGCAUUCCUACGACUUACUUUUGUUUUCACACGUCGUUUUUAAAGACCAAGAGAAAUCCUACAGGCUGUAGAAUGAAGUGUAUCAUUGGAAUUGGCGGUGUGACCAAUGGUGGGAAAACCACCCUGACCAACAGGCUGGUGAAGAUCUUGCCGAAUUGUUGUGUUAUACAUCAAGAUGACUUUUUUAAGCCCCAAGAUCAAAUAGAGGUCGGGGAGGACGGCUUUAAACAAUGGGAUGUGAUCACAGCCCUGGACAUGGAGGCCAUGGUGAACACUGUAAAAGGCUGGAUGGAGAACCCAGUGAAGUUUGCUCGCUCUCAUGGCGUGACCCUGUCUCCUUUAACCGAAGGGUCUGAUCCUGAGAGAGAGCGCUGCAUACUCAUUGUGGAGGGCUUUCUGCUCUAUAAUUACAAACCUCUGAUUGAAAUCAUUGACAAGUGCUACUAUGUGACCAUUCCAUAUGAGGAGUGCAAGAGAAGAAGAAGCACAAGAACUUACACCGUUCCUGACCCUCCCGGUCUGUUUGACGGUCACGUCUGGCCCAUGUACUUGAAACACAGGAAAGAGAUGGAGAGCAACUGCAUACCUAUUCAAUAUCUUGACGGUACAAAAUUGAAGGAUGAGCUCUACAACCAGGUUUACGAGGACCUCCAGAACACCCUGCUGAAUAAGUUAUAGCAUCGCUAAACCACCUGGAGUUGCUCGUGUACAGAACUGUAAAUAGUAACUUAAGAGAAAAUCAGUUCUACCCUGGAAUAUGAACUUUGUAAAUAUCAUAAUGCAAAAUUACUUGUUUUAGACAUGCCAACGAUUUUGUAUUGCUCUAUUAUAUGUAGUUUUUCUUUUAUAUAUAUAUAUAAAGCAUCUACGGCUGCUGGAGUAGAGAUGAAU